UCUCCUUCUCCGUCCGUCAAAAAAGUGAAAAGAAACGCCAUCAUCAACACACAUCGCUGCUGCCGGAGUGAAAACGCGUUCAUUUUGCUUCGAAUUUUCUGCUCCAAAAUCCCCGGGAAGUUGCAGUCACCAUGGCCGGAAGACGAGCUGCGGCGAACGAGGACCUGUCAAACGUGGAGUUUGAGACAAGCGAGGAUGUCGAGGUGCUGCCGACGUUCAACUCGAUGGGCCUCCGGGAGGAGCUGCUGCGCGGUGUUUAUGCUUACGGUUUCGAGAAGCCGUCUGCCAUCCAGCAGCGAAGCAUCCUGCCGAUCGUCAAGGGACGCGACGUGAUCGCCCAGGCCCAGUCCGGAACGGGUAAGACGGCCACUUUCUCCAUCUCAAUUCUGCAGUCGAUGGACACGACGCUGCGUGAAACGCAGGUCCUCUGUUUGUCGCCGACCCGUGAGUUGGCCGUUCAAAUCCAGAAGGUCAUUCUGGCGCUGGGAGAUUUCAUGAACGUUCAGUGUCACGCCUGCAUCGGUGGAACUAACCUCGGCGAGGACAUUCGCAAGUUGGACUACGGCCAGCACGUCGUCAGCGGAACGCCGGGCCGAGUGUUUGACAUGAUUAAGCGCCGGGUGCUGCGAACGCGGUCCAUCAAGAUGCUGGUGCUGGACGAAGCGGACGAAAUGUUGAACAAGGGUUUCAAGGAGCAGAUUUACGACGUCUAUCGGUACCUCCCGCCGGCGACCCAAGUGGUGCUUAUUUCGGCCACGCUGCCUCACGAGAUCCUCGAGAUGACGUCCAAAUUUAUGACGGAUCCGAUUCGGAUUCUGGUCAAACGUGACGAGUUGACGCUCGAGGGCAUCAAGCAGUUCUUCGUGGCGGUCGAGCGCGAGGAGUGGAAGUUUGACACGCUGUGCGACCUGUACGACACGCUGACCAUCACGCAGGCCGUUAUCUUUUGCAACACGAAGCGCAAGGUCGACUGGCUGACGGAGAAGAUGCGCGAGGCGAACUUUACCGUUAGCUCGAUGCACGGCGACAUGCCGCAGAAGGAGCGUGACGAAAUUAUGAAGGAGUUCCGUUCGGGCCAGAGCCGGGUGCUGAUUACGACGGACGUGUGGGCGCGUGGCAUCGACGUCCAGCAGGUUUCGCUCGUCAUCAACUACGAUCUGCCGAACAAUCGUGAGCUGUACAUUCACCGCAUCGGUCGAUCGGGUCGAUUUGGCCGCAAGGGUGUGGCGAUCAACUUUGUGAAGAGCGACGACAUUAGAAUUUUGCGCGAUAUUGAACAGUACUACUCGACGCAGAUCGAUGAAAUGCCGAUGAAUGUGGCCGAUUUGAUUUAAAUUAUUUGCUUUAGUAACGGUUUGAUAGUGUAAGUAAACCAACAACUUGAAAA